CAACAUAUAGAUAAUAAGUCGUAUGAGUAUGCAUAGAGAAUCAAUGGCCACUCCAAUAAUUUUGGGUGUUAUUCUAAAUCUAAUCCUUCUCCUCCCGAAAUCUCUAGCUCACAUUUAUAGUGAUAAUGAUCUGUUGGAAUUUUCUUUAAAUCUUGAGUAUGUGGGAGCUGAAUUCUUCUUGCACGGAUCAUUGGGUUAUGGUUUGGACAGAGUUGCUCCACAAUUGACAAAGGGUGGCCCACCUCCCAUUGGUGCUACAAAGGUCAAUUUCGAUAUUUUGAUAACAGAUUUCACCAUGCAAAUGGGGUUACAAGGAGUUGAACAUAUCAAGGCUAUUAAAAAUUUUGUGGAAGGGUUUCAAAGGCCAUUGUUGGAUUUAAGUUCAUCAGUAUUUGCAGGAUUUAUAAACAGUGCAUUGGGGAGAGAGUUAAGACCUGCCUUUGAUCCAUACAAUAACACCCUUAACUUUCUUAUAGCCUCAUAUGCAAUUGCUCAUAUUGGACCCACUGCUUACGUUGGAUAUAAUCAAAACCUCACAGGAAUUAUUUCCAAGAGGGUAUAUCACUAAAAUCACUAUUAUUAUUGCUUAUUUAAUACUAUUUUAUAUCCCUAUUUUUAUUUUUAUUUUUACUAAAUAGCACAUAUAUAUAAAUCUAUUUUUUUAAAAAAAAA